AUGCUCUCGCUACCGCUAAUUACACCCCGCGACUCCUACGAGCUCUGGUUCGGUUCCUCACAGCCCUACCGCUCCUCACAAAACCAACAUACUCACGAGCCCACACAAUUACAUGGCCACGCCCGCCGCAAUGCCCCCGCAACACCAUUACAGAGCCGCACGCUCAUCUCAUCGACGACCCCCUCGAGCAGCCUGUCUGCGCUACUACUCGAGGAACGCGCCCUGCGCGCUCGGAAACAAAACAUCUCUUCCUUCGGGUACUCGUGGAUCCGGCCUGCGGGAUGCGCAAAGACAAUGCUGGGGAUGAAGGAGGAAGAGGCGGAACGCGAAGAAGCCCUUGCCACCGCCGCGGCGGAGAUGGCUGCUGCCGCUGCUGCAGUGGCGGCGGAUGAUAACGACGGGACGAACGAAUUGGACGGACAGGAUACCAAUCCCAUGGAACGGGAUUUGGACGAGGAUAUCCCCGAUGCAGAUGCCGAAGGGUUAAUCGAGGAAGGCGAAGAGGAUCUAGAGGACGAGGACGUGAUUGACGAGGAGGAGUUCAUGGAGCGGGAUCUGGACGAUGAUAUCCCCGAGGCGUUUCCGGAUGAUGAAGACGAUGACGAUGAAGAAGACGACGAGGAAGACGACGAGGACGAUCGAGAUUUUGACGAGAUCCCCGUUGCAGAAGAUAAUAUGAGUGAAGAUAUGGCCCGUGAUCUUGACGACGAUAUUCCGGAAGCAGAGGAAGAAGACGAUAGUGAUGACGAAGAAGAUGACGAUGGAGAAGAGGAAGAGGAAGAGGAAGAGGGAGAAGGAGAAGGAGGAGGAAGACACGAAGAAGUCGAAGAUGAAUGGCAACACACCGAUACAGACGAAGAAUUCGACGAAGACGACAGCUUCGCCAUGAAUCCCUUCCGAACCAGCACAACAAGCAGCCGUGGCGGUCUCCCCCCGCCGCCGUCUCUGCGCCGGCCGCGCGAGACCGAUGCCCAGCGCCGUUUUCUCGACCGGUGGAGCGGUGGAGGCGACAGCUUUGACACGAGUGGAAUGUUGAUUGACGAGGACGACCUACGGGCCUCAUUGGCGAGUCGGGGGAAUCAAUCAAAUAGAUUUCGGCGGCAUAGACGCCGGACGAGCGAUAGGAUGGAAUAG